UGCCAGGCGGACGUUAUCGCAAGGCAAACAAUGGCGGACAUAACACCCAGCAGACCGUACCAUAUUAUCAUUUUCGGUGCCACGGGGUUCACCGGACAGUUUGUUGUUGAGGAAGUCGCUCGUUGUGCCGCUGAGGGUCCCAGCGGAAGCUCUCUGAAAUGGGCUGUGGCCGGGAGAAGCAGACGGCGCCUGGAAGCAGUGCUGAAUCAAGCCGCGGGGAGGUUGUCUAUGCCAGAGCUGAGUACAGAAAUUGAGGUCAUUGUUGCAGAUGUAUCUAAUGAAGAAUCACUGGCCAUCAUGUGCCAACAAGGAGUAGUGGUACUUAACUGUGUGGGCCCAUACAGAUUUUAUGGCGAACCAGUGGUCAAAGCUUGCGUAGAAAAUGGAGCUCACUACAUUGACAUCUGUGGGGAACCUCAGUUCCUAGAGCGUAUGCAGCUGGAUUACCACACUAAAGCUAAAAACAAAGGGGUGUAUGUGAUCGGCAGCUGUGGGUUUGACUCCAUACCAGCAGACCUGGGGGUUCUCUACACACAGAAGCAGUUCAAAGGAACUUUGACAGCAGUGGAGAGCUUCCUGAGAAUUAGCAGCGGGCCGGAGGGUUUCUCUGGCCACGAUGCCACUUGGCAGUCAGCUGUUUAUGGCUUUGCAGACAGUGGAUCGCUCCGCCAGUUGAGGAAGAAGUUUGGCCACAAGCCGCUGCCUGUUGUAGGAGCCAAAGUGAAAAAGAGGGGUCUCUUGUUUUUCAGUAAGGAGAUGGAGCAGUAUGGCAUCCCAUUUCUGGGCUCUGACCCUUCAGUGGUGAAACGAACCCAGCGUUUCCUCUACGAGGAGCAGCAGCAGUCACCAGUUCAGUACAGUGCCUAUGUUGGAGUCGGUGGUGUUUUCUCAGUCGUCAAGCUUCUGUGUGGUGGUCUGCUCUUCUGGUUCAUGGUCAAAUUCAGCUUCGGAAGGAAACUCCUCACCAUGUUUCCAUCUUUCUUCUCCUUUGGUUUUUUCACCAAGGCUGGUCCAACAGUGAAGCAGAUAGAAGACACCUGCUUCAGCUUAACAUUUCUGGGGGAAGGCUACUCAGAGGGGGCUGAUCCCUCACAUGGACUACCCAAUGCCAAGAUCUGCACUCAGGUAGUUGGAGCAGAGCCCGGUUAUGUAGCCACGGUUUCUGCUCUGGUCCAAGCUGCUGUGACCUUGUUGAAUGAGCUGCACUCUCUCCCCAGCAGAGGAGGCGUUUACACUCCGGGAGCUGCCUUCUAUAAAACCAGUCUGAUCAACCGCCUGCACAACCACGACAUCAAGUUCUCCAUAAGAAGUUGUCCAUAACUCUGUGGUAGAGGUCACACCACUGUCCACUGAGCCCAAUAAAGAUGUUUCAUGACUUUUUAUCCAGUCAGUGUAUUCACUGUAAAAUAUUUCAACUUUUUAUUAAUGUGUGGUGGAAAAAAAGGUUCAAGGACACUUAAGAAAAUUCUGCAGCUGCCAACAUGCAGCCAGAUGUGCCCCUACCAAAGUUAAUAAUCACUUUGCUUUUCAGUGCACAUCAAAAUAGUUUUAAUUAUAGAAGAAUAAAAAGUUUAAUUCUCCCUAAAACGUUGUUGUACAUUUUCAGCAUGCAUCUUUUUUUCUUUUCUUUAAGUUUAUGAAUUAAGAAGCUGGUUUCUACUUGGUGAACUAUUUCCUACAUUUUUUGCAUGUUGUGAUGACAUUACAAAAAUCUGGGAAC